AUGAGGACCACGUACAUUGGACUGGCUGUAGCCCUGUGCUGGUCUGGCGUUCUCGGCGCUCAACCGGCCAAGGGACAAGAUGGCGUGGAAGGCUUGCCAGGCGGCGUGACGGCCGGCCACAGACGCGUUCCUGCUACCGGGCGUCAGCACCAGGGCGCCGGGAGCAACUCGGCUCACAACAAGUCCAGGAACGGCGAGCGCCUGGCGAGGCUUGAGCUGCGGCAGAGCGGAGCGCAGUGCGGUAGCGGAAUUGGCAGCUGCCCUAGCGAUCUGUGCUGCUCCGACUAUGGCUUCUGUGGAGAUACUAUCGAUCACUGCUAUCCGCUUUUCGGCUGCCAGGCCCAGUACGGAACUUGUGGGUGGCCGAGGACGGCACCGCAGCCGACAACAACGGCCGCCCCGCCGCCGCCGCCGCCGCCGCCGCCACCCACCACAUCGACCACGCCGACUUCGGUUUAUACGCCACCUCCGCCGCCUCCGUCAUCAACCUCGACGCCGGUUCGUACUUCGUCUGCAGGCCCAGUGCCAACUGGCUCAGGAUCUGGCGUCACCACCAAUGGCAUGUGCGGCAACGGGACCUUGUGCAUUGGGAGCCCCAACUACGGGCCGUGCUGCUCGCAGUUCUUCUGGUGCGGCUCGUCUCUGGACUUCUGCGGCGCGGGCUGCCAAAGCCAGUUUGGUGCCUGUUUCGGCGUGCCUGGCCAGCCUGGCCCUCCUGCGUCCAACGUGACGACGACUUACGCUCCACCGCCCGUCACCACGACUUCGACGACGUCGACAACAAUCAGGAUCACCACGACCAGUACGACCAGCACCAGCACCAGCACCAGCACCACGCCGCCGCCUCCGCCACCGCCACCUUCGACAACAUCGACCACGGCACAACCCACGCCGACCGUGGUGAUCCCGCCUGGACUGCGCUCUAGCACCGACGGCACUUGUGGCAGCGGCGUGACAUGCCUUGGGUCAACCUUUGGGCGAUGCUGCAGCCAGUUUGGCUACUGCGGCGACGGUGAUCAGUUCUGCCCGUACAUUGUGGGCUGUCAGAGCGACUUUGGCUACUGCGACCCUCCCACUAAUUAA